AUGGCGUCAAGAAAAGAAAAGGCUCAAAGCAAGACACUACAUGACAGGACGUAUGAAGCGCAAAAUAAACUCGGAAUGUGUAGAAGUCAUCCUUGUGGAAAUGGAACAUGUACCAAUCACUGUGUGUCCUAUGCAUGCACGUGUUUUCCUGGGUUUAGUGGUAGCAAUUGUGAAAUCGAUAUUGACGAAUGUGCCAGCUCGCCUUGUGUAUAUGGGACGUGCACUGACGUCAUCAACAAUUUUACUUGUUCCUGUCAAGCAGGGUACACUGGUCAUCUGUGUGAUCAAGAUAUUGAUGAUUGCGUGGGAUCCCCGUGUCAGAAUGGUACAUGUUUGGAUUUGAUUAAUAAUUACACGUGUACUUGUGAUGAGGGAUAUGCCGGUUAUAACUGUGAUAUAGAUAUUGACGAAUGUGCCAGCUCGCCCUGUGUAUAUGGAACGUGUACUGACGUCAUCAACAAUUUUACUUGUUCCUGUCAAGCAGGGUACACUGGUCAUCUGUGUGAUCAAGAUAUCGAUGAGUGUGCGAGCAAUCCGUGUCUCCAAGGUGUCUGUGAAGAUCAAACCAAUGGAUUUACUUGUCGAUGCGAUGUUUUUCAUAAGGGAACGACGUGUAGUAAAGUGGACGAAGUUCCUGUACUAAUUGUCCUAAUUGUCCUACUGCUCACCAUUGUGUCACUCAUAAGUGUGGUCGUUUUAGUACGCAUUAAAAAUCGUACCUUUGUAGACGAUGAUUGUUACUUUCAUUUUGAGGAUGUCUCUUUGGGUCAAGCAAGAAUGAAAUAUUUCCAUGAUUGGAAAUCCACUGAUAAAAAGACCGUCCUAUCAUCAUAGAACACAACAGAUGUGGGACACGACACAGAAACGAAUUCUAUGUGCGACAGAAAUCAUCGUGGAAAUAUCCUCUAUAAAUAGAUUAUUUAUUCUUUAUAGAUAUAAUUUGCGAGUUAGACAGAGUAUGUAUUCUAGUGGUCAUUUGUAAAAAGUAUAAUAAAGGCUUUAAUCUUUAGGAGAAGCGUUCAUUCGUUAAAAACACUGAAAUUUUCAUGAAAGUACAAUGCAUGAUACAAUAUAGUCAGGCCUACUUUUGUCUUCAAAAAUGAUUUUUUUAAAGUUCAUUUAUUUAUUUAUUGCUCUAUGUAAUGUAACUUGUAUAUGGAGAACAUCUUAAUAUCUGUUGUAUGUAAGAAGUUGCUGUUGAUCCUUAUCUUUAAAUCGUGAUUAAAAAACUGUUUAUGCGUUG